AUGACUGUCACUACAGCUACCUCCACCGUUACCACCUCAACUGCAACUCCAACUGUAACCACUGCAAGUAUCACUGCCCCGAUCAUGCAUUCUACCUUUCGCGUUCUUCUAAACGACUUUAUACCUGCAGAUCCAAAUCUCUGGUUUACACUAACUGAUCGCCAGUUUCAAGCCCACAGCAUCACUAACCCUGAUGAAAAAUUGGGCUUUAUUCUCGCCAAAUUACCGCAUGAGGUACUGUCCAGGGCAAGCGAUAUACUAGCCUCAAAGGAGGCAGCGGAUAUUGUACUUGCCAAAUUAACCAAACGAAUUAAUUCCUUAUAUCACGUUUCGAGUGAAGAACGCCUUGAUGAGUUACUAAAAAAUUGCUCAUUAGGAACUAAAAAACCUUUGGUGCUCUUAGCCGAAAUGCGAAUUUUGGCUGGUCCCGCCUCCAAUGAAGAAUUAUUGCAACGCCUAUGGAUGCGUCGUCUACCUGUACGAAUGCAGGAGCACCUAGCUGCGCAUAACGUAUCCCUAGAAGCGUUGGGGCAAAUUGCUGACUCUCUGCACUCCGUAAUGCUGAAUACUGGACAAAUCUCGAGUCUCACUCCAUCAGCUGACCUGACUAUGCAACAAUUUUCGCAAAUGCCUUCAACGUCCUUCGCCACACAGCAAUUCGCGCCAAUUCUACCAACUUCGCAAUUUUCAUCGGUUCCAUCAACUUCUCAAUUUUCGCCAAUUCCUCCAAAUUCAGUAAUCGAGCGCCUAGAACAACAAAUUGCAGCACUUUCUGCCCAAAUUGCUGCCAUCGCCUCUUCAUCUAGGCCAUCCAGGGAGCGCUCCCGCUCAAGAAGUGAAGGACCAAGGGACCGCAGUCGUUCUCGUUCUCAAUCUCGCUCAGCAAAUCAUCCUUACUGCUGGUAUCAUUUCAAAUUUGGCAUGGAUGCUAAAAAAUGCACUCCUCCGUGCAAAUUUGUCUCUCUGAAUUCCACUGGCAAACCGGAAAACCAGUAA